AUGGCGCGACCCGAGAGCCUCACCGAGGCCGAAAAGGCGCUCCACGACCAGUCCAACCUGCUGCCCCGGCGGCAGCUCAUCUCGUGCCUCGGCGUCAUGUCCCUGGCCAUGCUCAUCUCCUUCGUCGACCAAAACGGCAUCUCCACGGUGCUGCCCACCAUUGCCGCCGACCUCGACGCCCGCGACACCAUCUCGUGGGCCGGCACCGCCUCGCUGCUGGCCAACACCACCUUCCAGAUGCUCUACGGCCGCCUGUCGGACCUCUUUGGCCGCAAGGCCGUCUUCAUCGCCGCCGUCCUGCUGCUCGCCCUCGCAGACCUGCUGUGCGGCCUGAGCGCCAGCCCGGCCUCGUUUUACGUCUUCCGCGCCCUCGCCGGCAUCGGUGGCGGCGGCAUCACAAACCUCGCCAUGAUCAUCGUCUCCGACGUCGUCACCCUCGAGCGCCGAGGCAAGUACCAGGGCAUCACCGGCAGCAUGAUUGGCCUCGGCAGCGUCACGGGGCCCUUUCUCGCCGCCGCCUUUGUCGACCGCGCCACCUGGCGCGCCCUGUUCUGGAUGCUCGCCCCCCUCGGGGCUCUCAACGGCCUGCUGGCCUACCUCUACCUGCCCUCCAAGGAGCCGACGGCGACCUUUUCCGAGAGCGUCAAGAAUAUUGACUGGCUGGGGACCCUGGCGUCGUCCGUGGGGACCAUCUUUCUCCUGAUUCCCAUCUCCGGAGGCGGUGCCUACUUUCCGUGGAACUCUCCACUCAUCAUUUCCAUGCUCGUCAUCGGCAGCAUAUCCCUCGUCCUCUUCGUGCUGGUCGAGUGGAAGCUUGCCAAGCUCCCCGUGAUGCCGCUCUCCAUGUACCGAAACCCCGUUGUCGUCGUGCUGCUGGCUCAGAGCUUCCUCCUCGGCCUCGUCUACCAGUCCUACAUCUACUACAUCCCCCUCUAUCUGCAGAACGCGCACCAGUUCUCCAUUCUCGUUUCCGCACUCGUCUUUAUUCCCAUGAUGGGCACGCAGAGCAUCGUCUCCGCUCUGUCCGGCCUCUGGAUCUCGCGAUAUAAACGCUACGCCAUCGUCAUUCGCUUCGGCUUCGGCGUCUGGACUGUCGGCGCCGGACUGGCCCUGAUCUACGACCGACAAACAAACCCAGGCAUCAUCGUCGUAGUCCUUCUCAUCAUCGGCUUGGGCGUCGGCUGCGUCUUCCAACCGACCCUCGUCGCCCUGCAAGCCCACUCGACCAAGUCUCGCCGCGCCGUCAUCAUCUCGAACCGCAACUUCAACCGCUGCGCCGGCGGAGCAUGCGGGCUCGCCGUCUCCGCCGCCGUUCUGCAGGCCAGGCUGCGAGCCACGCUGCCCCCUGAAUAUGCCUAUCUGGCGGGGUCGACGUACUCCCUGCCCCAUUUCGAUGGCGGCGUGCCACCGGCCGUCUUGGACGCGUACAUGGCGGCCAGCCAUGCCGUGUUUAUCCUGCAGGUGCCCUUAGUUGGGAUUUGCUUCUUGUGCACUGUUUUCCUCAAGGAUCGAGGGUUGGCGCCCAAGGAGGAGUCCGCCGCCGGACAGCCAGUCGGGGUGAGAGACGAGGAAGAGCAGCAAAGCUCCAGAACUGAAGACGGCGCUCCGCGGGACGGUGCGGGCGAAGUGGUCGGUUCUGGGCCGGAAAAGCCUGAAGACAAGGUGCGAAGCAACAGGAACGAGCAACGACAAAGGAUAGACGGAUCAUGGACAUAG